UUACUCUCUCUCUCAAUUCAGAAGAGCAAAAGAGAGAACAAAAUCACUUGACUCGCAGCUGGAUCAGGAUUUAAUCAUGGCAGAGAAAGAAGAUGACCCUGACCCUGUAAUUUUGAAAAGACUUACAGACAAGCUGCAUCUCAUGACGAUCAAUGACCUUAAAAGAGAGUUAGUUGCUUUCCAUGAAAUGUUUAUCACAAGUGAUGAUGUUCCCGGGGACUCAUUUCAAAAGAUGCCGUCCUAACCCAGCAAAUGAUGCCCCUGAAAGUGAUAAGGACUUGGUUAAGCACAGAUCUCCUGUUAUUCCAGAUGAUUUUAGGUGCCCAAUAUCACUUGAUUUGAUGAAAGACCCUGUGAUUGUCUCCACUGGACAGACAUAUGAAAGAUCCUGUAUUCAAAAGUGGAUAGACAUACCUGGCAGUACCAGGGAUUGCGUGUCCUCGUCCAGUAACAGGUUGGUGAUUUAUGGCUUGUUCGGAGAUUCAAAUGGCUGUAAAGAAUGAAGAUUAUGUAACUAUAUGGGUGUCUAAGAUAUGGAAAGACAGUCACUUAACAUUUUCA